UACCACUAUCUUGAUAGAAAGGAUAUAAGUUUUAUUUAUUUAUUAUGAUUAUUAGAUUAUUAUUGGGGUUUUUUUGGGGGGCCGUCUACUCCAUUCCAGUGGUCGGCGGUAAUGCACAUCAAUAAGUUGUUUGCCAACCGCCAUAAAACAAAAAAAGAAGAAGAAGAAUGCCACUACCUCUAGCGGACAGUGUGAGAAUAGCUUCCACCUUUCUCUGAAUCAGUCAGCGGUAAUUGGUGAACUUCUGAGAAAGCUUCCGGUUCAUUCACAACAUGUUGGAAAUAUUCAUUUUGAAGGUGGAGAAUCCAUCAUGCCUCUGGGGUCGGGUUGUUUGCGGUGCCAAUGGCAGUGUGGAGACCACAGAACGUUACACUACUCUUCAGGCUGAGAUGAACAUUUUCUACCAAGAUGUCACUCAAGAUCUUCAUCAACUGAAACCCACUUCAUUAGAGGAAGGACAGGUGUAUGUGGUAUACUGUGCUGUGAAGAAGUCAUGGUGUCGUGCUGUGGUGCGGUCCGUCAUCACCGACCCAACAUGCAAUCGAGCUUUCUGCUUCCUGGUUGACCAUGGAGAAAUGAUUGUGGUCUCCUUAGACAAGAUACGAGUGUCAUUACAGAAGUUCCUUCAGCUUCCUUUCUGGGUGAGGAGGUUCCAUCUGGCACGAAUCCAACCAAUAACCCUUCGAGUAUCCGUACUUGCAGAAAAAGUAGAACUUGAACCUUCUAGACAGUGGGACUUUUCGGCUACACUUUACCUGCACAACUUGCUUCGAGCAUCCACCCAAACAGAAGCUGUGUUGCAUGAGUUGGAGUCGGACUCCACCUCCAUUGAGCUCUAUCUUACCAUCAGCAACAUCAAGAUCUGUGUGAAUGAUGACCUGGUGGCCAAUAGGUUUGCAUGUUACAGCAGCAGUGGCCUGGAUGCCUGUGACAGAUUUCCUCUCAUGUUGUCCCCCAGCGUCCUAACCCAAACUGCUUCCAAAAGCUCUGACAAGCAGAUGGAGCUAAACCUGCAUUCGCCCAAGGAACAUGGAGGGUCAUCAGAGAGUCCUGGUACUUCAGAACCAGGGGAUUGGCUGACAACUCCCUCUCUACCUCAGAGUCAAAUCCCUGAGCUGGUUACUUGUGAGGAAGGCAGCAGAUCAGAGGAUAAUAAAGAACCAAUGUUUAUUAACAACCAAACCAAGCAUGGCCCAAAAGCUUCUGGGGCAGAGAGUGUCUCCUCAGAGGAAACAGACUUCUCUCUUGCUUCAGCACUAACCAAAAGCCUUGGUCUGUUCAGGUUCUUGAAGUUUCUAAAUUCUGGCAGAGACAAUCAACUGGAAGAUAAAGAGCAAAACCAGGAAGGAGACAUCAGACCAGAAGCCAGAUGCAGCGAUGAUGAUGCAAGAUCUUCUCAUGUGGGACAAAAUGAUGACCUGAACAACUGUCAACCUGAGAUGACUGAAAUGUCUGAAGCUGGCACUGAACAAGAGCAGGAUGCUGUCAGCAUGUUCUCAGAAACCAAUCUGCAAAGCAAAAUUGGAGAAGUUUCUCAAAGUAUUCUAGUUGAAAGUCCUGGGGAUGUGGAAGCAAGUGAUUUCAGUACGUCAGUGGAGUGUGGAAUGAGGAGGAGUGAAGAGGAUGGAUUCUGCUCACGUCUUUUAGAGUGGCUGAACCCAGAGCCUUUCAACUCUGAUCCUGAUGCUGGAGAUGAGGUGGUCUCACUCGGUGAUCCCUGGGUGAAGGGGAUUCUAGUGCAUUCAGCCCUUUCCAUUGAACCAUGCAACACAUUAGAAGAUGCUCCCAUUGCAGAUUCUCUUCGUCAGGUCUUGCUUCAGAAAAACUAUCGCACUCUUUCUCCAGCUGAUCGCUACAGUUGGCCAGCUGUAGCUCGUGGCUGCAACACUUUUAUUAUCUCCCAGAAUGCUGACCAGCCACUUUGCUACCUUAUCCCCCUGCUCACCCACAUUUUUUUAAACUCCCUCCUCGUAUCCCACCUCUCCAGUUCAGGGCCCAUAGCAGUGCUGCUGUGCCCAGGCUGGGAAAAGGCUCAGAUGAUAUACAACCUGCUGGAGGACAGCAAGGUUUCUCAAAUCCUGCACCCAAUUAUUGUCUUGGUGGGCAUUGGCAAGGAUGAAGCCAAGGCUGUAAAAUUCCCCAAAAACUGCCUGCUGAUAGUGACCACGCCAUUCACUCUUGUCCGUUUGCUGUCUUGUCACUGCUUUCUUUUCCUGCGACUGUACCAUCUAGUAUUAGAUGAGGCUGACCAGCUCUUCACUUUUGCAACUGAUGAGAUGGCAGCCAUCCUACAACAUUUUCAGAAGGUGACUUCCAGCGAGGAGAAAGCAUUCUGUCCUCGGCAACUGGUUGCUGUGGCCAAAAGAUGGACCAGUCCCAUGGAGGAUCUAAUCUCUAAUCAUAUGCCCCAUCCCUCCAUUAUUAUAACUGUCCCUGAGGAGGCUGCACUGUAUGGAAACAUCCAGCAGGUUAUCCUGAUGACGGUUGAGAGCAACAAGAUAUCUGCCCUUCUGGGAGUGUUGGAUUUCAGUCCUGAAGUUGGCCAAAAGACACUGAUUGUUACAAAUUCUGCUGAGGAGGUUGAAGAUGUGUUUAAGGCUGUGAGCAACAAAUCAGCAUUCUGUCUCAAGAUCCACAAGGGAUUACUGGACAAGCUGGAUGACUUUGUCAUCCAGCAGUGGAGGAAAAACGUUGGCCCUGGCACUCAUGUGAUCCUGGUGAGCACCAGUGAAUGCUUGAGGGGCCUUGGCAUCAGAGAUGCAGCUUGUGUUGUCCACUAUGGAUUUCCGCCUUCUCCUAAAGUGUUUGGCUACAGACUCUUUUGCAUGGCUGAAAACUUUCGAAGUCUACUUAAACAAGAUCAAACAGAUGGUGGUUCUUCAGUCAGCAGAUCAGUGCUGCUGAUCUCAGAAAGAAAUACUCGCCAUGUUGUGGGAGUUCUUCGUUAUUUGGAACGAACUGAUGCGCCACUUCCACCUGUACUGUUCUCCUUUGCUGAGGGGGUGCAUGUGGCCCGCGAAGACCAGAAGACAGAUAGACCUUUUUGCAGCUACCUGAAGAGCUUUGGGUUCUGCAGGGACAGGAGUGUGUGUCCUGAUCGUCACAGAAUCAACCCUCAGUCAGAUCAGUCUGCUCUUCCUUCAUCUGGAGUCAUUGAAGUCUUACCGCUCUACAUUAAGACAGCCUCUGUCUUCUAUGGUCGUUUGGUCAAGCAGAAUGACAAGGAGUUUGAUAAAAUGGCCUCUGAGAUGAUGUCUUAUUAUGCUGACAAGAAACCUGGAGCCAAAGAGCUGCUGGAGGGAGCUUUAUAUGCAGUUCAAGAGGAUGAGACCUUCCACAGAGUGAAGAUUCUGGUGCUACCUGAUCAUGGUGAAAGCAUCUUUUACAAUGUCUUGGUUCAGUUCAUUGAUAUUGGAAAGGAGAGUGAUGUCAAAUCCCAUCAGAUCCUUGAGCUGCCGCCACAGUUUCAUUCCCUGCCUAACCAAGCUGUUGAGAUGGUGGUCUGCAGGGUGAAGCCAGCUGAUGCUGAGAUUGAGUGGCAUCCAAAGGUCACCAGAGCAAUUAGCAAGAAGAUCCGAGGUCUGCAGCAUCGAGCCAGAGCCGUUCAGUGCCUGGGGAAUACAGUUUUUGUCGAUCCUAUGGUACGAGUCACUCAGAUGCCAGGCACAAAAACAUUUAUAAAUGAGUACAAUGUGCAGACUGAGAUCCUGAAGACGGGGAUGGGAGUCAAUAAUCCCGAGCAUUUAGACUUCUUCAGAGCAGCGGUUCAAGACAACAGCAGCAAAGAUGAAGGUCACGCAUCAAGCAACGAAGACAGAAGACUAAUUUACAAAAGUAAUCCUGCUGCCUCUUGGAGCCUUCAUGAAAAUGGUGAGCCUGAUGGUGAUGAGCAAGUUGUGUCAAGGGAUGAAACAGUCUGCAAUGACCCCAGAGAUGAAACAGUCUGCAAUGACCCCAGAGAUGAAACAGUCUGCAAUGACCCCAGAGAUGAAACGGUCUGCAAUGACCCCAGAGAUGAAACGGUCUGCAAUGACCCCAGAGAUGAAACGGUCUGCAAUGACCCCAGAAAUGAAACGGUCUGCAAUGACCCCAGAGAUGAAACGGUCUGCAAUGACCCCAGAGAAACAGUCUGCAAUGACCAGUCAAAGAGUUUAUACCCUCAGGUUGUUUGGUACCAGACCUGUGACUCUGUAAUUGUAACUGUGAAGUUGAUGAACCCAGAGAGUCAACGCUGCGAUUUCUACUCAGACAGAGUUGUCUACAGUGGCAGAGUGAACGGACGUUCCUACAUGGCUGAUCUGGAGCUUCACCAGAAAAUAGAAGCCGACAUUUGCCACUGGGAAAUGAAGUCCAAUCAGCCUGUUCUUAAACUGGUAAAACAGCAGCAAGGACACUGGGAGAGACUCAUCAGGAGUAAGAAUAUUUUUGUGAGUUACGACAUGGACCAUGUUGACGACUACGAAGACAAAUCAUCAAGUUGUCUGUUUGUGGAGAAUACAGGAGAGGACAGCUGCUAUCUGAACUCGGAGAGCAGCAGCGACAGUGACUGAACCCAAAAUGUUCUUGUUAUUUACAUCUCUUCCUUUCAAGAUAUAUUUCUGAUUCCUUUUGUAGUUGGUUUUAUUGUUCUCAUAUGUGGAGUUUAGAUGGUUGUCCUUCAGAGGCCAACAUUCAGAGUCUGAAAUCCAGUUGUUUGGAAAUUGUCAUCUUUUUUUCUUUGUUUCAGUUGCAGAUGAGCAAAUACUAAAACAUUCAUUUUUAUUCAUGUACAUUAAAUUUAAGUCUGGGCAUAUAGGUUAACA